UCAGAGAGUCAUCUUCAUCCUCAUCACUCAGUUCAGCUGCUUCAUCAACACUUGAGCCUCUCUGAUGGGAUACGGUGAAGGAGAAAUGUCAGAGCGUCAACAUCAUGAGACCAGUGCCGUGGUCAGAGUUUCCAGUCUGCCUCUGGUCCGCUCGGCGCUGCAGUCGAUGACAUCAGCGUACUCGGAGGUCAAAGGUCGUUACCCUCUGCUGCGUCUGAUGGGAGGAGUCGCUGAGGUCGGCGUCCGCAGCGUCUCCAACGUCGCCAUGACACGAGCCACGCCCCUCCUCCAGAGUCUGGAGCCUCAGAUUGAAGUUGCCAACAGUUUUGCUCUGGUCGGUCUCGAGCGUCUGGAGAGGAACUUCCCCAUCCUGAACCAAUCAACAGAUGAGGUGGUGGGUCACCUGAAGGACGCCUUCUUCCUGACGCUGGACGACGUGCAGCUGUGGAUGGUGGACGGUAUGGACGGAGCUCUGGAUCAGAUGGAGCGUCUGUCCGACACCGCUCUGACGGCCGUCCGCCAGCUGCAGGACACCCAGAUGGGCCGAGCCGCGACGUCGGGGCUGGACGACGUGCUGAGUCGUCUGGAGGACGCCACCGCCUACUACCUGCCCCUCCCACCCACACUGCGUCGGGAGUGGGAGAUGAGGGUGCAGGAGUACGAGGAUGAAGACGAGGAUGAGGACGAGCCCAGUCUGUGGACGAGGGUCCGAAGCCUCCUGCUGAGUCUCAACCUGCAGCUUUACCACCGUAUGAUGAAGGUCAGGGAGCAGCUGCAGGAAGCCGCCAAGACGCUGGGAGACACCGCCGACAAGGUGGGUCUGGGUUGGGUUCUGGAGCUGGUCGGUGAGCUGCUGCUGUACCUGCAGAGCUUCCUGGUGGCGCUGGUGUACCGAACGGAGAGUCUCCGAGAGCUGACGCUGAGCGGGGUCAAAAGUCAGGCCGUCAUGUUGGCUGAGCUGCGUCCCAUACGUCAGAUCCGAGACCUGCCGGUUCAGAUCCAGCAGCUGCUCGGAGACGUGCAAGAACUCUCUAAGAUCCUCAUGCAGCUGGUGAUCAACGCCACGCCGCUCUACAACAUGCUCCAGCAGCCGUCGGCUCAGGAGGUGGAGGACUUCCUGAACCAGGAGGACUUUUCUGCCGAAAGUGCGUCUCGUCGCAGCUCCGCUAACAGUCUCUUCCUGAAAGCGAUGGACGGACGUCCUCGCCGCCGUAAGAGUCUCUACUCCCGCGCCACCCGAGGCCCCCUGAUCCCCGACCCCUCCAACGGCCGCCGUCGCUCCAGCGUGAAGGACCUCCCGUCCAUUGAGGUGGACGACCUGCAACUCCCUUCCGAAAGCAUCAACCACCGCCGGCCGUCUGCCACCGACAUGCUCCUCGCGCCGCUCAAACAGUUUGUCUCUCAGAGCCAGAAGGCCUUCGAGUACCUGAGCCCCAACUCCCCCGAGAACGCCACAGCAACAGACGACUCUUAAACACCACGCCUAGGUCUCUAAUCAACGAUAAAUCACUGCCGCCGCUCACGCCCCCCGACCAAUCACAGCCUCCCGUCUCAGUCGCCGAUGAUGAGAUGUUUCUGCCUCAGCUGGUGUUGAUUUGUUCGUACACGUUCACCAACAGAGCGAUCGGAAAAUUAGUUUAAAUCUGAGUCGAUUCGUAAAUCUGCAGGUUUUAUUUUACUAUAAGAAAACAAACAAGUCUCCCACUUAAACAACGCUUCAUCAGUUCACACCUGUUCUUUAACCUUCAGUUCAACAAUAUACGUAUAUCUAUAUAAAUAUAAAUAUAUAUAUAUUUCAGUCUACAUGACCAUGCGUAUAUUUUAAACAUAUAAAUGUUUAUAAUAAAUUGUGUUUAUUCCACAAAACAUUGACUUUAAAACAAUCAGCCUCGAGGAGAAAAACACCUCAGAAAACAAAUUAGUGACAAGAUGCUCUCAUUGGGUUUUUCCAGAGCUUUCGGCCACAUCUCGUGGUCUUCAUCCAUCACGGAGCAACGUAUCCUUGCCAACGGUUCAUAUGAUAUCUUACGAAAACGUAUUUUUUGUGCGUUUUCCUACAAAUGUCCAAAAGUUAACGUGAUAAUAACAUGUUAACACAAACUAGUUUUAAAGCCA